AUGUCGGAGCUCCAGCAACCCGCGUUUUCACCUGUCCUGGGAAGCUCUGAGGACGAGGAGGAUGAAACAAUCAAGAAACGCUGGUAUCAUUUCCUGCCGCUCUGCUGCGCGGUCCUACUACUUCUAGCACCACACCCAUCGCUCCUAUAUGUCCUCGUCAACUAUCAUCUCCUUACGCUGCACUCUCCUCUACUCUUCUCUCUUCAUCUAUGCGUCACGUACGCGCUCACCUUUCUCGCGUUCUGUUCUCUGAUCGUCUGCGUCGCACGGGAUCCUGGGCCGGUGCCUAGCAUCGAACAGGAGAACGAACAGGACAGCGGAAUGAGCUUGACGGAUGCGCUCAUGGCUCCUCCGGACUACGACUACACAGCCCCAGGCAAGUGGUGCCGCGUUUGUUGGGCCCCAAAGCACGAGCGUACGCACCAUUGUUCACAGUGUGGACGAUGUGUUUUGAAAAUGGAUCAUCACUGCCCUUGGAUCGGGGGCAAAUGUAUCGGUCAUAGGACUUAUCCCUCGUUUCUCCACUUUUUGUUUUCGAUAACGCUCCUGUCAGUGUAUAUUGCCGCUAUAUCCAUACAAGGGCUCAGCUUUGCCUUUCGCAAUCCACUAGCCAUUGACCCCGUGACGCCUGUCAACGAGCUUUUCCUCGCGUUUGCUGGCGUUGUUUUCACGAUGGUGAUAGGCUCGUUCUUCUGUUAUCACAUCUACCUUGUCUUGACAAACCAGACCACGAUCGAGAAUAUCUCGCCGUUCAUCCUGUUACGUCAUCUACCACCACUGCCGCCUUCUGAUGAUACAAACAGGAAGCUUUCUAACCCACCGAUCGAGCACGAAUUAUCUUAUGCUCAGCGCCGCCUCGUGAAGGACACGCGGGGCGUGAUACGGCUAUACGAUCUAGGAUGGCGCAACAACUUGGAGCAGACCUUCGGGCCUGCUCGGGCGAGCUGGCGAUGCUGGGCCGCACGAAUGCUAUGGGGAGGUCAAUGUGGUGGAGACGGAAUAAAGUUUCCUGUUAAUCCUCGCGCUGAAGACAUGCUAGCGCGUCUCGCAGUAGAGUUGGUCAGGUCCGAUCAAUAA